GGCGCAUGCGUAUUACAUUGACCUUCCCUGUGCUGCCGCGUCCGUUUUCAGACGGGGACCUUGGAGUUGUCUUCAGCUCUGGCUUUUUGUGUCAUAUAUUUUGCGUUAUAACCGCGCCAUGCCCGGUUCCGUUGAGGUUCCGGCGUUGCAGGAUCUAACUGUUGACGAAGUAAAUGUGUCCUCAGCAGUGCUGAAGGCGGCUGCCCAUCACUAUGGCUCCCAGUGUGACAAAGCCAACAAAGAGUUCAUGUUGUGUCGGUGGGAGGAGAAAGAUCCCAGGAAGUGUCUGGAAGAAGGAAAGAAGGUCAACGAGUGUGCUAUUAACUUCUUCAGGCAGAUAAAGGGAAACUGCCCAGAGUCCUUCACUGAGUACUGGACUUGCUUGGACUACUGUAACCUCCAUGAGCUCCGCCACUGCCGCAAACAGCAGAAGGAGUUUGACAACUGUGUGCUAGACAAGCUGGGCUGGGAGAGACCAGAUCUCGGGAACCUCUCAAAGGUGACUAAGGUAGCCACUAGCCGACCCCUGCCUGAGAACCCAUACCACUCCCGGGCCAGACCCGAGCCCAACCCCGCUAUUGAGGGUCCACUGGAGCCAGCCAAGCAUGGCAGCCGAGUGUUUUUCUGGAACUGGUGAAAAGUAAAACGUCACGGUACCAUGUCUUGCCUACAGUUAAAAUCUGGCUUAUACACCAUCAGACCACAAUGGACAGUGUUGAGAGGUUGAGUCUCCCCUCCCUAUGUGUAGACUUGUAAAGAGAGAACAAAUUUAACGUGUGGAAUAAAAAACUAUUAAUUUAAA